UGCUUCAUUACAUUGUAAUCGCAAAGGCCCUCUCUAAAAAUCUACUAGUCAAGCACCUUUCCUAACUCAAGCUGCUCAUUUUCGGCUAAUUAAGUUAGUCGACUAAGUGUCUAGCUAAAUGGCAGCCAACUCGUCCAUGAAUGCAAUUCGAGCCUCGACGGUGUUGGUGAUCGUGUUAAUCGUGUUGUUUGCGGAUGUGAAUCAUUCAGAAGCAUUAAGAUACAAAGAGGUUAGUAUGCGUAACAAAAGGAUCGUUAGCAUAUUGCUUUUGAAGGAAUUAGAGUAUCAUGGGGUUAGGGUCAAGCGCAUUAGCAGAAGGAUGGCGGUGACGGAGUCGGCGGCGGAUAGGGUUUCGCCCGGAGGACCGGAUCCGGAGCACCAUUGAUCAACGAUCGGACCUAGAAGAGACAAUGUUGCCGGCUCAAUGUGGGGUUUAUUGGAUGGCAACAUAUAGUAGCCCUAGCUUUCAAUGUCUUUCCUCCAUUGUUAAAUUAUUAUCGAGUCAAAUUUUGAUCCCUGCUUGGAUACUGCUGUGGAUUUGACCAAGCCACUGUAAUUGUUGGCUAAGCAUGUUAGUCUCGCCACUUAUUAUUAAGUAAAAUCUAAGAAAUUGC